UAUUUAAGUAGGGGCAAGUUGCGACUGAUAGAAAAUCUAGAAUUCUUUGACUGCACCGUGCUAAGAAGAGAGCAUUCAUUAGGACCAUCACCUACCAACCAAUCGAUAUCCUACCUCGUUCAACAUGCUGUUACAUUUACUAUCUCUGCUUCUCGGCAUAUUUCAGUUUUCUGUGGGUGCGCCCUUCCCAGAGGAUUACUUGAACCAGAUGGCAAGACAAUUAGGCCAAAGUGCAACUUUACGCCAAGCUUCCCGUGACCUAGUAAACCCCUUGAAGCGAGGGCAAUGGGAUUACCCCAGUAGUCCCGCCUUAGAACCAAAUGUCUUGAUGACCAUGUCACCCACCCAUCCAGAAUUAAGCUCUUACAUGAAUCCAGUUGAACUUGCGCCGGCUGGUAUGUAUGAGCAACCGACACAGGCCAGUCAUAUCGAACAAUCAAAACGAGUACGCUAUGACCAGUCUAUACCUAUCCAGAAUCUAAGACAAGCUGGUCAACCUGCUGAGACUUCCCAUUUCCAUCCACAUACUGGAGUUGGAAUCGACGCGCAAGUUUUUGGUAGCAGUCUGUCCGCUAUCAGUGAAGCAGGAAGCUCUCAAGAACAAGUUAACCACUUUAGCACUUCCGAUUUGAACCCACUUACCACAUCAUCUACUGAGUCCGACAUGGAUUGGUUAGAAGACUUUUUCAAUGACGAGAGUAAUCUGGUGAGACUUGAUUUUGACAAUGAACAGCCAGAGAGCCACAAAAGCGAGAAACAAAAAGAAAAACUGGAUGAUGAAUCUACUCAUACGAACCACAAACAUGAUCGUAAAACUACUCGUCCCUACUUGGGAGCGGAAUUCUUCAAGCAGGUCCAACUUCAUAGCCUUUUUCAUCAGCCAGCCCAUAGCUUUUCAGAAAGAUUGAAAGCGGUUUUUUCAGGCAGUCCCAAUUGGCCCUUGAAUGAUCUCCAAGGAAACAUGCAAGAGCUACCACUGUACAAUUUAAUUUAUCAUUACCAAGAACGCUGUAGAUCGGCCAUCAAUAACAUCACUCAUCUGUCCAUUCUGGAGUUUACAAAUCAUUGA